AGCCAGCUGAGCUAGACAGUGGCCUUAGCUGGAAGUCAAAGUGCAUGUGGAAGGACAUAAGAGGACUUGAGUAAUAACUUUAUCAGAGAGAUGAUCCGGUUUCUGUGCCUGCUGGCUGUAGGCCUUAUCUUGUGUCAGGUGGAAGCAAACUCUCGUUUGAGCAGAAGUUUUAUUGAAAAUGCCGUCAACGAAGCUAAGGCCAACGUGGACGCGGUAUACACAUAUUCCAGGCGGGAGAGCAUGGAUCGCGUGCGGAGGAAUCCAACACCUGCGGACGUGAUGCGGCUGCUAAAGCAGCCUGCAGGAGUGUCCCGUCAAGCCGUGCGCGCUGCUGACUACAUGGCCAAUGCGCUGAGUAUAAUCAAGAGGUCAUUGGAAAGACGUCACAAGCGCUCCAUUAACGCCACAGAUUUGGUCUCUGACGAGGAUCUGCAAGUCCUUGCUAGCCUGACAGGAUGCGCUGCCCAACGCAAACCGCCUUCUUGCGCCACAAUCUCCAAUGUGAAUAAGUUUCGUACCGCAGGCAACACCUGUAACAACCUUAAAAACACACGCUGGGGAUCCUCCAACACUCCGUUCACCCGCUGGCUGCCUGCUGAGUACGAAGAUCACGUUUCCACUCCUAAAGGUUGGACCUCUGAGCUGAGAAUCAACCGUCAAAUUCUGCCCUUGGUAAGAGAAGUGUCUAACCGUAUCCUAGCAACAGCUAACAGUGACGUGGAGAGUGACCCUCUCUACACUCACCUGGUCACAAUCUUUGGCCAGUGGACUGAUCACGACCUGACCUUCACCCCCAACUCUCCUUCCAUCCGCUCAUUCAAUGGCGGAAUUAACUGUGGCGAGAGCUGCACGCGCACCGAGCCCUGCUUCCCCAUUGAAAUUCCCAGAAAUGACAGCCGCUUGAGAGGAAACUCGCAGGGAUGCCUGCCAUUCUUCCGCUCUGCACCAGCUUGUGGUUCUGGUAACACAGGAUACGUCUUUGGUGAUAGUACCGUCCGUCAUCAGCUGAACACUCUCACGGCUUUCAUCGAUGUGGGUCAGGUCUACGGUUCCAAUGACAACCAAGCUAAGUCGCUCCGUAACCUCACUACAGAUCAAGGCCUGUUAAGGGUCAACACGGAAUUUAACGACAACGGUCGUGAGCUCCUGCCCUUCAGUGGCGCAACGGCUAUAUGCGCCACCCGACGAAGAAUGACCAAUGACAGUAAUGCUCAGGAGGUGCCGUGCUUUCUCGCUGGUGAUGGGCGUUUAAAUGAAAACAUUGCACUGGCUUCCUUACACACUCUUCUGAUGAGAGAGCACAACCGUCUGGCACGCGCCCUUGCAAGCCUGAACCCCAACUGGGAUGGAGAGAGGCUGUACCAGGAAGCACGCAAGAUCAUGGGGGGAUACUUUCAGGUUUUCACUUUCAGAGACUACUUACAUCAUAUUGUAGGACCAGACUUCAUUUCCAAGCAGCUAUCCACCUACCCCGGUUAUGAUGAAAAUGUGGAUCCUAGCAUCGCCAGUGUGUUUGCCACAGCUGCCUACAGAUUUGGUCACCUGAUGGUUCAGCCCUUUAUGUUCCGUCUGGAUGAGAAUUACCAGAAUCACCCUAAUUACCCCAGCGAGCUGCUGCACAGAACAAUGUUUACACCAUGGAGGAUUACCUUUGAAGGUGGUUUGGAUCCAAUCGUGAGGGGUCUUGUGGGUCGCCAGGCAAAGCUGAACAGACAAGAUAAAAUGAUGACUGAAGAGCUGAGAGAGAGGCUGUUUCAGUUCUCUGUGAAGCUGGCACUAGAUCUGGGUUCACUGAACAUGCAAAGAGGCAGAGACCAUGGACUACCUGGCUACAACAGUUGGCGUAAGUUUUGUGGGUUGUCAGAGCCAAAAACUUUGAGCGAGUUAGCCAGUGUGCUGAACAACACAAACCUGGCCAGCAGGCUGCUGGAUCUCUAUGGUACACCUGACAACAUUGAUGUGUGGCUGGGAGGAGUGUCUGAACCGUUUGUCCGUGGCGGAAGAGUGGGCCCCCUGUUUGCCUGUCUGAUUUCCACCCAGUUCCAAAGGAUUCGCCAGGGAGAUCGCCUUUGGUGGGAAAAUGACGGUGUCUUCACUGAGGCUCAGAGAGCAACUCUGAGAAAAGCAUCGCUUGCCCGCAUUAUCUGUGACAACACUGGCAUCACUGAGGUACCAGAAAAACCCUUCCAGUACCGCCCUCGAGGCUCUGGUUACACAAGGUGUGCUGACAUCCCCGCCUUUGACCUCAGUCCAUGGAGGGAGGGUGGAGACGGUGCAGAAGGACCCCCAGGUCCACCAGGACCCCCAGGUCCACCAGGACCAUCUGGCCCUCCAGGCCCUGCAGGACCUCCCGGCAAUGCUGCGAAAGUUGCCUUCUCUGCACGCCUAGGCAACAACUUCCCCAAAGCUGGCACUCCCAUCCCCUUCCAUGAAAUCAUCUACAAUGGACAGAACAGCUACGACCCCAAGACCGGCAUUUUCACCUGCAAGCAUUCAGGCGUGUAUGAGUUUGAGUUCUACUGCACAAUCUUCCAGAACUCAGCCAGCGUGGAUUUGCUGCGUAAUGGGGACCUGGUUCUGCACUCGUUCACCACUUACCAGAGUGGCUACAUCACAGCCAGUGGCAGCACCAUUGUCAAACUUCAGAAUGGAGACAAGGUCUGGCUGCUGGCUAACAAUGGUGGUAAUGGCCUCACCAGUGAUAGCUUCUUCUCUGGCCACCUGCUGUUCACUGAGUAGAUCUGCUACACAUGUUGACCCAUAAACCUGCAGAAAAUCUGAUUAUUAGUUCUUUUGUCUAACUUGCAUCCCUACCUAAAGCACAUAAAAUGAAGUGAUUAAAAAUGGGAGUCAGAAUGAAGACACCCAUAGCAAUAAAAAAAACACUUUGUGUUUAGUUAUACUUAUCCAUGUGGCAUCAUGUACAAUAAAAGUAGAAUAAGACCAAGAAUAGAGCCCUGUGGGACACUGCAGAAGAGGUGAGCAAUGGAAAGUCCCCAAUCUAAAACUGUACCUGCAAUGAUUGUGUAAAAUAAAUAGAAAUACUUAUAAAUAUACUAUAUACUAUAUAAAUAUAGUAUAAAAAACAAGGUGAUUAAAUUCUGUUCUGAAUUACUCCUAAGUCUUGUAAUCCUAUGAAAAUGUAUUGUUUUCUGGUCUGUGCUGAGAAGGUGAAUAUAAAACAUUAGGUGACAUUAAAAUUACUUGUAAAAUAAUUUUAACAUUCAACAAUGUUGUUUUAUUUUUAUUUUGGUGAAGGGUUAUACUUAUAUUUGAAGUGUAAGGCUUUCAGUUUGAUGGUAAUAAAUGAAUGCUGAACAAA